AUGGUACGAAAAAGUUCGAGCAAAAAAUUGGUGAAGCAAAUUGAAGAGAAAACGAAACAGACGCCGGAUGUGCUGGAGACUGCUAUAUGCACCGGUCAAGACGCGUUACUAUUGCCACUGGAUACGACCAAAGAGAACUUGAAAGAGUUGUGUAGCAAGUCACGGAGCCCAUCGCCGUUGGAAAUCGCUGCCGAAUCGCCGAUUUUGGCGCAGCUCAGAAUUCUGCAAAAGGAUAGUAAAACGUCCAAGACGUGCGGAAACGACAAUGACGACGACAACAUGUCGACACCUGCCGGAAUUGUCACUGGUAAAUCUAGGGUGAUGGCGGCCGUACCAUUGAACACAACCGCCACGACUUCCGGCGUACCGUUGAACACAACCGCCACGACUUCCGGCGUACCGCAACACACGGCCGCCACGACUUCCGGCUCGUCUACAGGAGGGGCCGUCGACACGACACCAGAGGUGGAUAUCGUGAAGGGAGUGGCGGACCGACAGCGGACGUCAACGACCACUUGGUCGCAGACGACUUAUCAAACGAUGGCGGACAAUGCAAACUGUAGCAAUAAUAAUUAUUAUCGGCGUACGUCGGACGUGUCGUACACGUUUUCAAACUUCCGGACGUCACCGGCGGAUUCGUCGUCGUCCAAUUUCCUGGGACAGGAGCUGAGAGACCUGCAGACCAUGAUGUUGGGAGACCACCGGUCGGAAGCACUGCAGCAGGACAGCAGCGCGGGCAACCCAGGGAGCAGCCUGCACAAGCUGUUGCUUAACCGGCAGCACCUGACCGCAGCCGAUGCGGAUCGGAAACCCAAGUUCAAGUUCUCGUCGAUGAACCGUGACGUGCCGACCGGGUCCCCGCCACCUGUUAGCAACCUGUUGUACUACAUGACUGCGGCGGCUGCUGCGGCGACGUCGUUGUCGUCGUGUCGAUCGGCGCCUCACAGUAAGCGCGCAUCCCCCGAACACGAGUGCACCUCCGCCAGAGAGAUGUUGCUCAAAUUGUUCUACGGCGGCAGCGACACUGUUGCCGAACCAAAUUUGUCCACUUGA